AUGGGUGCGAAAUUGGCCCGCGGGUCCUCGUCCAGACGGCGCUGUAGCAGCCUACAGCCAUGUUGGUCUUUGGAGAUGGCACACACAUCUGGCCCAGGCGGAGGAGUUCUCGGCUCCAAAGGCUCAAAGUCUAAGGUUGAGCCUGAAGCAAGAGAAUUGACAGAUCCCGAGGGAUUGUGUUGGGGAACACUGGGAUACUGGACGGAGAGUUAG